AUGGUAUUGUUAAGCUGUGAUGCAUAUCAAUGUGAUAUUUAUCAUGUGUGUUACCUGAAUGAGGAAGUAUUACUGUUCUGUAUUCUCUUUAUGCCAUGUGAUGCUGCAGUAGAUGAAACAGUCUGUACAGAUGAUUCUGGCUGCAGUACAAUAAGUUUUUCACAAUGUGACACUACUGCUGGUAAAUGUCAAUGUCUACCUGACUACUAUGAUGAUGGGACAAAAUGUCAGCCAAUGAAAGAAUUAGGAGUAGCCUGUACAAAGAAUGGACAAUCAUUAGAAUGUAAAGAUGCACAAGGCAUAUGUCAGAGUAAUGCCUGUAGUUGUAAUUCUGGAUUUUUUGACAAUAAUUUUGAAGGUGCUGCUGGAACAUGUGAAGCAGUGAGGGAAUUAGGAGUAGCCUGUACAAAGAAUGGACAAUCAUUAGAAUGUAAAGAUGCACAAGGCAUAUGUCAGAGUAAUGCCUGUAGUUGUAAUUUUGGAUUUUUUGACAAUAAUUUUGAAGUUGCUGCUGGAACAUGUGAAUCAGUGAAGGAAUUAGGAGUAGCCUGUACAAAGAAUGGACAAUCAUUAGAAUGUAAAGAUGCACAAGGCAUAUGUCAUAGUAAUGCCUGUAGUUGUAAUUCUGGAUUUUUUGACAAUAAUUUUGAAGGUGCUGCUGGAACAUGUGAAGCAGUGAAGGAAUUAGGAGUAGCCUGUACAAAGAAUGGACAAUCAUUAGAAUGUAAAGAUGCACAAGGCAUAUGUCAGAGUAAUGCCUGUAGUUGUAAUUCUGGAUUUUUUGACAAUAAUUUUGAAAGUGCUGCUGGAACAUGUGAACAAGGUCAGUUAUGGGGAACCAGUAGUGCGAAGGAAUUAGGAGUAGCCUGUACAAAGAAUGGACAAUCAUUAGAAUGUAAAGAUGCACAAGGCAUAUGUCAUAGUAAUGCCUGUAGGUGUAAUUCUGGAUUUUUUGACAAUAAUUUUGAAGGUGCUGCUGGAACAUGUGAAGCAGUGAAGGAAUUAGGAGUAGCCUGUACAAAGAAUGGACAAUCAUUAGAAUGUAAAGAUGCACAAGGCAUAUGUCAUAGUAAUGCCUGUAGGUGUAAUUCUGGAUUUUUUGACAAUAAUUUUGAAGGUGCUGCUGGAACAUGUGAAGCAGUGAGGGAAUUAGGAGUAGCCUGUACAAAGAAUGGACAAUCAUUAGAAUGUAAAGAUGCACAAGGCAUAUGUCAGAGUAAUGCCUGUAGUUGUAAUUCUGGAUUUUUUGACAAUAAUUUUGAAGUUGCUGCUGGAACAUGUGAAUCAGUGAAGGAAUUAGGAGUAGCCUGUACAAAGAAUGGACAAUCAUUAGAAUGUAAAGAUGCACAAGGCAUAUGUCAUAGUAAUGCCUGUAGGUGUAAUUCUGGAUUUUUUGACAAUAAUUUUGAAGGUGCUGCUGGAACAUGUGAAGCAGUGAAGGAAUUAGGAGUAGCCUGUACAAAGAAUGGACAAUCAUUAGAAUGUAAAGAUGCACAAAGCAUAUGUCAGAGUAAUGCCUGUAGUUGUAAUUCUGGAUUUUUUGACAAUAAUUUUGAAGUUGCUGCUGGAACAUGUGAAUCAGUGAAGGAAUUAGGAGUAGCCUGUACAAAGAAUGGACAAUCAUUAGAAUGUAAAGAUGCACAAAGCAUAUGUCAGAGUAAUGCCUGUAGUUGUAAUUCUGGAUUUUUUGACAAUAAUUUUGAAGUUGCUGCUGGAACAUGUGAAUCAGUGAAGGAAUUAGGAGUAGCCUGUACAAAGAAUGGACAAUCAUUAGAAUGUAAAGAUGCACAAGGCAUAUGUCAGAGUAAUGCCUGUAGUUGUAAUUCUGGAUUUUUUGACAAUAAUUUUGAAGGUGCUGCUGGAACAUGUGAAGCAGCGAAGGAAUUAGGAGUAGCCUGUACAAAGAAUGGACAAUCAUUAGAAUGUCAAGAUGCACAAGGCAUAUGUCAGAGUAAUGCCUGUAGUUGUAAGUCUGGAUUUUUUGACAAUAAUUUUGAAGAUGCUGCUGGAACAUGUGAAUCAGUGAAGGAAUUAGGAGAAGUGUGUACACAGAAUGGAAAAUCAUUAGAAUGUAAAGGUGCACAAAGCAUAUAUAUAUGUCAGAGUAAUGCCUGUAGUUGUAAUUCUGGAUUUUUUGACAAUAAUUUUGAAGUUGCUGCUGGAACUUGUGAAGCAGUGAAGGAAUUAGGAGUAGCCUGUACAAAGAAUGGACAAUCAUUAGAAUGUAAAAAUGCACAAGACAUAUGUCAGAGUAAUGUCUGUAGUUGUAAUUCUGGAUUUUUUGACAAUAAUUUUGAAGGUGCUGCUGGAACAUGUGAAGCAGUGAAGGAAUUAGGAGUAGCCUGUACAAAGAAUGGACAAUCAUUAGAAUGUAAAGAUGCACAAGGCAUAUGUCAGAGUAAUGCCUGUAGUUGUAAUUCUGGAUUUUUUGACAAUAAUUUUGAAGAUGCUGCUGGAACAUGUGAAUCAGUGAAGGAAUUAGGAGAAGUGUGUACACAGAAUGGAAAAUCAUUAGAAUGUAAAGGUGCACAAAGCAUAUAUAUAUGUCAGAGUAAUGCCUGUAGUUGUAAUUCUGGAUUUUUUGACAAUAAUUUUGAAGUUGCUGCUGGAAUUUGUGAAGCAGUGAAGGAAUUAGGAGUAGCCUGUACAAAGAAUGGACAAUCAUUAGAAUGUAAAGAUGCACGAGGCAUAUGUCAGAGUAAUGUCUGUAGUUGUAAUUCUGGAUUUUUUGACAAUAAUUUUGAAGUUGCUGCUGGAACGUGUGAAGCAGCAAUGCACACUAAGAACCUACAAACUCAGAACAGUACCAAGUCUGCCUCCAACUUCUUCACCCAACCAGAUGAUGAUAGUGUGGCACAAGCAGAAGUCCUCUUCGCCUACUCUAUAGCAGAACACAACAUACCAUUCUCUUAUGCAGACCAUUUCACCAAACUAUGCAAAGUGAUGUUUCCAGACAGGAAGAUUGCAACCAAAUUUGCUUGUGGCAGAACCAAGGCUCUCAGAUCGUCAAAUGAUUCCUAG